AUGGAGCAAAGAAGGGAUACACAAAGAGAAGACUUUGCUAGAGUAACAGAUUUAAUCUCGAUUUAUUAUCCUGUGAAGGAGGAAUACCUGAAAGAAAAAGAUAGCAGGGGAGAAAAAGGAACAAAGGAGUUGAUGACCAAGCUGAUAACAGAGACACCUGACCAGCCAAUCCCUUUUCUAAUUGAUCAUCUUCAGUCCAAACAGGGGAACCGCAGUCAGCUUCAGAGAACGUUGUCUGGCUCUGCUGCCCUUUGGGCAGAGAGUGAAACAUCAGAAAAUAAAGGAACAAGGAGAGAUUUUAGAAGUUAUGAUAAACCUUGGCAGGUAAAUGCAAAAAAGCCUAAAAAGUCAAAGAGCGACCUUGCCGUGUCCAACAUUUCUCCACCGUCACCGGAGUCCAAGUCAUUGCCAAGGUCAAUAGAGCAUCCUAAAUGGGAUUGGAGGACAAAACCGGAGAACCAUGAUUUUGAUGAACUAAAUCAUAUUCUUCAAGAGAGCAAAAAACUUGGAAAAGCCCUUGAGAAUCUGUCUCGCAGCAUUGCUAUUUCUGAUGAACUUGAUAAGGACACAACAGGUUUUAACACCCCCCUUCUCAGACCUCGUGUGAUCGGAGAAUGGAUUGGUCGUGAAGAGAAUGAUGCUGACCCCCUGGCUGCUGAGAUGCUGCAGCCACCAAUACCAAGAAAUAAAAAUGAGCAGUGGGACAGCGAGGAUAGCAGCAGCCCUGGAGGAAGCUUAAAAAUGGAACCAAAGACCAAAGGACUAAAACAACAACAGCAGCAACAUAAGAAACUGCUGGCUGCCAUGCUUUCUCAGGACUCCUUUGAUUCUGCUCAAAGCACAGCUCCAUCUGUAACUGAAGAAGAUAUUGACAAUGAAGAUGAUGCAAUGGAACUGCUGGAGGAUCUUGAUGAUCUAAGAAUGGAAGGAGUAACAAGUGUGAUGUCUUCUGGGAGCAAAUUCAAUCAAACUCGAAGUGCUCAUACGGCUGAGCCUCAAGCAAAGGUCACAUUGAAUAUCUGCGCAAGAUGUGCCAGAUUGCAAGGAGAUAAUUUGGCAGAAAGGCCAGAAGAUGUCUCCAUGGUAUCUCAAACAUCUGAGCCAGCAGUGUCAGACUCUGAUGCUCAAGUACCCGGGGUUGAAACACUUACGGAGGAUAUUGAUGAAUUUCAGAGUGCCUCUCAAGUGGCAGGAUCUUCUCAGACAGUUUGGACCCUGGAUGCCAUGGGUGUCAGACCUGGAGGUUCCCCAAGGCAGAAACUCUUAAAGGACUCCUUGGCGGCAAAAGAACUUCAGACCAUGGAAAAACACCUAGCUGAUAUUGAGAAGGACCUAGCACUAUGGGAAGAAGCAAGGCUCUCAAGAAGCCCUACUAUCCAACAUCAUAGUUUAGUUACAUCUGACCAUCAAGGCAAUCUUCAAGCUACACAGGGCCAAAAUCCAAGGCCUCAGGUGUCAACUCAGACGGGGAAGAACAUUCAGCUCCAAGGAAACAAAUCGCCACCGCUGCCCAAUAACAGCAGAACACAGAUCUCCAGUGUUGCAAACAGUAGGCCUCCAACGCCCGGUACACAAACCAACAGGCCACCAACUCCAUCAACUCCGGGUAGCAGACCUGUGACCCCGAAUAGCUUGCUGUCACGGCCUCUUACCCCUAGCAACCAAGGAAAUAGGGAAGGCAUCAUUAGUAUGCAAAGAAGCAGAUCUUUGACAUCUAAGAGCCAAAUGGGGAGGACCCACAGCGCUGCUUCAGGGCUCUCUGUGCAAAUGAGUGGAGACAUUGUUGGAACUGUCACUACUCAGAGAAGCAGUUUAUCAGAAGAUGAAUUCUUACAACAGCUUCAGCUUGCUCAUCAACCUUGGAUAUUGCCGAGUGACACAGAAAGUGAAGGAGUGGAAGCUGACCAAGACAAAUCUUAUGGCAAGCAGUCUUGGCUGAUGCUAGCACUCAGCCCGGCAGCCACUGCUGGCAUUGUAGAGGAGAAGCAGCCACCUGGUACCCUGACUGCAAACACGCUGGCAAUGAAGCGUAACAAGUCAGGCGAACUCCAAGGAGCAGCUGAGAUGCACUUAAUAGGCAACGAGCAGCUGGGGAGGGGGGCUGAGGAGCAUAAACAGCAGCUGGGAAGACCAUGCAGAAAGCAUUGGUGUAAACGUGGCCAGGAUUUCACCCCAGAGUUACAGACAGUUACUGGAAGAAGCACUGUUACAGGCCAUGGGAUGUGUCAGCCACUGACAGCAAGGACUUGUGCUCUACAGGGUGCACGUGUUGUUGCUCUGAGAAGCCCUGCUUUUGCACUGGAAAUCACAUGUGAUGAAACAGCAAACGGUCAUUCGAGCCUCCAUGCUUCAGUCAUUGUAGCUGUCUCCAAACAGCGCAUGAGGAAUUCAUGA